GUGGGUUGUCCCUCUCGGCUCCCGUUGCCUACCCCACUUCCUUCCGUGGCUGUAGUAGCCAUGGCGGCUAUGAGCCUGCUGCAGCGGGCUUCGGUCGCCGCGCUGACAGCGCUGUCUGGUCGCCGCGCUGGCACUAGACUCGGAGUCGGAAGUUUUCUCGCACGCAGCUUUCCAAAGACUGUCGCUCCUGUGCGGCACAGUGGGGACCAUGGCAAGAGACUGUUUGUCAUCAAGCCUUCCUUAUACUAUGACGCCCGCUUCCUGAAAUUAAUGAAAUUCUACCUUUUGUUGACUGGGAUCCCAGUUAUAAUCGGCAUAACACUGGUGAACAUAUUUAUUGGUGAAGCUGAACUCGCAGAAAUCCCAGAAGGCUACAUCCCAGAACACUGGGAGUAUUACAAGCAUCCAAUAUCACGAUGGAUUGCCCGGACUUUCUACGAUGGACCUGAAAAGAACUAUGAAAAGACCCUGGCUAUCCUCCAGAUCGAGUCUGAAAAGGCCGACUUACGGUUAAAGGAGCUGGAGGUUCGAAGACUGAUGCGUGCCCGGGGUGAUGGACCUUGGUAUCAAUAUCCAACCCCUGAAAAGGAGUUCAUUGAUUAUUCUCCCAAAUCAACUCCUGACAACUGAUGACUCGUCUGUUCCUCUAGCGGGAAGAAAGGAAUAAAUACUCUGUAUUUUCACUCGGAUGCACA